UUAAUCAAUACAGGCACGACGUUUUAGCGGAUUAAAAAGGUUAUUCGUUCUUAUACGUUCCUUUCAACAUCUCUCUGAUUGGUCAGAAAUCUGCGAAUAAUGACCGCCCGUCUUGUAGAGACACCGAGAUCGACAGCCCACACGAUGAGUGACGCCCCUGUCCGCGACCCGCGCGAGCCGCGCUUCCCCGUGAUCGUCAAGCACCCGACCUUCGACGACGUCAAGGCCAACUUUGACGCAGGUGACUACACGCGGUGGCUGGGCAUCAGCGCCUUCUCCUUCCCUGCUGGCUACGUGUUCGGAGUGAAGCUGCACCGCCACGUGGCUGUUCCGUCUAUGGUGGUCACGGGCGUGCUGGGCUCGCUUGGAGGCUUCCUGUGGGCCUUCCAGAACUCGUCCUUCCGUCUGCAGGGAUACAAGGCCAACCCGGUCGAGGUGCAGCAAUACAUCACCAGCAAGCAGAAGUAGGCGUUCUUCAAGGCAAUAACAGUUGGGCUCCUAUAAACAGCAACACUUCUUCUCAGUUGAAGUUGAGUUGCUCAAACUACUGUAAGCAGCGAUAUACACGCUCACCGAGCAAUAAAAAUAAAGGACACGAGUGCUUAGUCA